AUGAGUCCGGGCAAACGCAGUCCUCUAUCGGAAGCGGUCGACGGUCGUUCAAACUUGACAGUCGCCGACAUGGAUACAGUGCACGAAGAAAAUGACGACAGCGAUGAAUCCUCAUACUCCGACUUGGGAAGACUUCGCGAACGUACAAGAGCUAUGCUUGGUUCUGCUGCGGAGCCACUUGUGCAGAAUUCACAUUCCCAACCGAACAGCAGACGUGUUUCCCAUGAUAUUGACGCAAAAUUGGCAGCCAAUCUUAAUACCAGGCGUCCAUCAGCUAUAAUUGCUGCAUUCCGUCGUCCAUCUCAAGCUUUGGCCCUGUGCGCAGCGACACAACGCCGAUUUUUAUCGGAAUUUACGUCACACUCACGUACUUCUGUAGCAUCUACAAACCACGAAUCACCGCCUUCUGCCGCUGAGAUUUUAGGGCAUGAAGCUCUAAGUAAAGCGUUAUCAGCAUUAUACGCCAAACUGUUAGUGGUGCUUGGAAUUGCGUUCCCUGUUACAGAAGUUAUUGCAAAUGGGGUACCAGAUGGAUACUAUCAGGGAUUCUACUUAUAUCUGUACUUAGUAUCUAUGCUGUUCGUGAUCUUUCAUUAUGUUAAUUUGAUGCGCCAGAAAGCUGUAAAUUUGAUCAUUAACGGACAUGAUGUUACAAAUACAAACAAAGAAGAUAGGACUGGUAAAACUACUCCGUGUGAAAGAAAUAAAGAGAAGGAAUCGAUAUCCCGAUAUGGCAGUUUCUAUUUGAGAUUAGGAGCUAUUGCUUUUGGUAUAGGUUCGAUGGUGUACAGUGGAUUAGAAUUUGGAGAAUACUUCGAAAUGACAGAUCGUUGUCGAUCCAUGCUAUCAGCACUAACGCCUGCUUUACGAAUGGCAUUAACACUGGCGCAAAUGCAGUUCAUUUUCCUAACCAACAAAGACAUCGAAGCGGGCAGCUAUAAAAUGGUACAGAGAUUUGGAUUUAUGCAUAUGAUUGCGACUAAUCUUUGCGAGUGGCUGUACGUUCUUGUUGAGGAGACAAAGCACGAAAUACAUCACUUGGAGCAUACAAUGCUAUCGAAAACGAAUGGAUCUCAUAAUGAAACGACUGAGUUGCCGUGUCGCAGGGCAAAUAUUAUGGGUGCUUUAUUACGUAACGCAUCUCCGUUUCUUUUUCCAUGUACGAUAGAAUAUUCUUUAAUAUGUGCAGUUAUUUUAUAUGAGAUGUGGAAAGAGGUAACCAUUCGAAAGAUGCAAUUAUUUUGUAAUUUUUUGUUCAUUUUUUUUUGUUACAACUUUUUAUUUUUUAAGGUAAAGUGUACACCUGGGAACUUUGAAAGAAAAUUCAACGUUGGCAGAAACAAAUCAAGAAAUAAUUCGGUGACUCCAGAAAAAAUCUUACAGCAAUUCGCCGGUAUGUUAGGAGUAACCUCACCUCACGGAAGUCACAACGCGCUUCAUCAUUUCUCCGUGGACUGUUCGCAUGCUCAUCGCGGUCUUUUUGCUGGAAUUCUCUUGAUUGUUUUCACAAUAAUAUCCUUAAUAAUGUUCUUUGUACUAGCAAAUAAUUCAAAAACAAUUCAAGACGCUAUAUUCGAAGUAAAUAUUUGUGAAUUGGUCCUUUAUACAUUGACCCUUCUUGCAUCUGCAGCAGCUUUGAAACAAAUGAGAGCAUUACCAUACAAACGAAAAUCCCAAGCUGUUUUGGGGCUUGAUACUUCUCUAUUGAUCCUGGCACAGACAGGAAUGUUUGUUUACUGCAUGUUCAGUUUAAUCGGAAGUCAUCACACUAUGUAUAGUAACCAUAGUACAGGAAUCACUGGAUUCUUUUCUGAAUUUUUAUCGUUAAAUCAGACGAUAUUGCAAUCAUUGUUCAUAAUAGACGCGUGGUGGCGACGCAGCACCACAUCAAAACAACGUAGAGUAAAACCAGGUCGUCAGCUAGUGACAUUCCUACUUGUCGCAAACAUGGCCAUGUGGGCGAUAAACACUCUUGAAAAGAAUCGUGCAGAAUUCCGACCUGCUCAUUUGGCUUUCUACGGUCCUUGGGCGUGGACAAUCAUAACGCACGUAUCAAUGCCGUUGGCUAUCUUCUACAGAUUUCACUCGACUAUAUGCCUCUUUGAAAUUUGGAAAAACAGCUUCAAAAAUAAACCAAUUUACCUAAACGUGUGA